AUGGCAGUGGAUUCGCGAUUAAUCACCGCACACGGCGCCACGGAGCAUUCAGCGGAGCCCGCGUUGCUCCCGACAUCCUCCACGUUCUUUUCUUCCAACAAAUCCGCCGAUUCCUCCUCGUCGCCGUCCACCUCUUCGUACUCCUCGAACGGCAGCACUGCCAAGGCCUAUCAAGAGGUCCCUAUCUACCGCACGACGGACGCGGCGCCACUGCCCGAAGCGCCCUCUCCGUCCUUUAGUCCGUUUCGGACCGCGCCGUACAGCGACCGCUUUAUUCCCAGCCGCUCGUCGUCGCUCGCCUUCUCUUUCCCGCUCCUCGACCGCCCCGGCGACCCUCCGCAAACGUCGCACGGUUUCGGCGCGGGCCCCGAGGGGCGGGAGGACAGCGCAGCGGCGUACUCGCUGUUGCUCAAGUCGCAACUGCUCGGCGGGCAGCUUUCCGCGCCGCCUGCGCUAGGAUCGA